CACAUGUUCACAACAGAGCAGCUGUGAGGUGAUUUAGUGACUGGAAGCAGAUUCUAACCAGGUUUUCAGCUGCAGCAGAAACUCGUCUCUUCUUGGUCCCUCUGUCAGCAGCGAUGAGCGACAGCGACGACGACGUUCCCACGCUGUCGGCUCACACUCUGGCCGCCCUGCAGGAGUUUUACAGCGAGACCAGAGGCGGACCGGAUCCCAGCACCUCACCAUCAGACCAGUUCACUGUGGGAGCUGUGGAGGAGGACUGGCGGAUGAGUCAGUUCUGGUACAGCGAUGAAACAGCGACACAGCUGGCCGAGGAGGUCGUACGAGAAGCUGGAGAAGGAGGCAGGAUCGCCUGUGUGAGCGCGCCCAGCGUGUACCAGAAGCUGAAGCAGAACGUGGUGGGCGGUUCAGACCGAGUGUCGGCCGUCGUGUUGGAGUACGACCGCCGCUUCGCCGCCUACGGAGACGACUUCAUCUUCUACGACUACAACGAGCCGCUGUCUCUUCCGGCCGGCGUCGCUCCGCAGAGCUUCGACGUCGUCCUCGCCGACCCUCCUUAUCUGUCCGAGGAGUGUCUGAGCAAAGUGGCCCAAACCAUCAAACACCUGAGCAAAGGGAAAGUGCUGCUGUGCACAGGAGCCAUCAUGGAAAAACUGGCCAAAGAACUUCUGGAUCUGAAAAUGUGCAGCUUUUUGCCGAAGCACAACAGAAACUUGUCCAACGAGUUCCGCUGUUUCGUCAACUACCCGUCCCGCCUGCUGUCCUGCUGAAGAACCGCGAUUCACUCUUUGUUACGAGUCUGACGGAGCGAGACAACACAGACGGUGUACAGCUGUGGCCUCCAGAUGCUGAGGAGUGAAAGGACGCAUUAAGACCUGCAGCACACGUUCAUAAAUGACUUGAGAAUUGAGUAAUUUUGGGGCUUUUAGGCAAAAAUGUCAAAUGUUUUAUGGUUCCAGCUUCUCAAACGUGGAGACUCUUUGUCACAACACUAAACGGGAUAUUUUGGGAUUUUGUCGUGUUGGUCAGACAAAGUGAGACUUCUGAAAGCAUCACCUCAGAAUGUGUUAAAAUAACACGAGCAUAUUCCUCUACUGUCUGACAUUUCAUAGAAAUAUUGGCAGAUUAAUUGAUUAUUAAAAUAAUUGUCAGCUGCAGCCCGAUUUCAGUUCAGACUCACCAACUGCAAGUUAACUGUCUCAUGACUCCAAAGUCAGUUUGUUGGUGAACAAAUGAGUUCAUUUGCAAAACAGACAACUCCAUUUUUUGUAGAUUCUCAGAAAACUUCCUUUUUUUUGUUGUUUGCUUGAGAUAAUAUCAAUCAAACUGAA